AUGGGACGGUCUUUGGUAUUGGAUGCUACUUACGGGGACACGAUAGCCCACUUUCACAUCCAGCUUUCUUUCCUUUGGAAGAGACUCUUGAAAGAAGGAAGUUGGCGCCUAGUACAUAGUAACAUCCCUAGCUACAUAAAACGAGCGUUAAAUGAAAAGAAUCGAUAUAAAAUGGCGCCGAAAGCAACGAGGCACAUCACUAACCUGACUCUUCCGGAAGUUGUGGAGAAAAUUAAGAAGAUCACGCUGUCUUUAAAUCAACAUGCAAAGAAAAAUGGAUAUUUUGUUGAUUAUAACUUCCGUAUAAUUGAUAAGGACUAA